AUGGACAAGUCUUACGAAGCCCAGGCCAGGUUCUGCCAAGGUAUGGAUCUAGGAUCGUUCCGCCAGCUGUUGCAGGCAGAUCUUCGUGCUGCUAAGCAAGAGAUUGAGGAAGCAGCUGCAACGGCAGAAGGAACGAGAACUGCAUAUGCUACGAGUGUAGCUGAUUCAGAAGCUACGCUACCUUGGGAUGGAGCGCCAGCUGCAAUGCAAGGAGACACACAGCGGGAUGAUGCAAUGGACGACUUCUUGAACAAGGAGCUCGAAAGGCUUAUCGAGGAAGAGGCGGCACUUCAGUCUGAAGCCCGUGAGAAGCAGGCUGCAGCACCUGAGAGUGCUGAAGGGCAAAAGCUUGAGAGUGAAAAUGAGCGAAUUCAGAGGGAAUACGAGGAGAGUGAGGAGAUCCGUCGUCUGCGGCAGCGGAUUACGGACCUUCAGGCCACAGGAAGCAUGCCGUCGUCGUUCACCGCCUUCAAGAUGGCAUUCACUGAAAGCCCGCAGAAGUCGUCCGUUGGUCGCGACUUAAGCCCUUUGUCGCUAGAGCUGAAGAAGGCGAAGGAGGAGGAGGACUUCUUGAAGAAGGAAGUUAAAAGAGCCCAGCUGCAGCAGGUGCGCGCUCGAACCGAGGCGUUGAGGGCAAGACUUUCGGAGAGUGAUCCAGAUGGGGCGGUGAAAACUCCGGAGCCCAAAGUGCCUGCAAGCGUCAGCCCGCCGCCCAAAACACCAGCACCGGCAAGCAGCCCUGGCCCUUCGAGCACGCCACCACUGCCCAAGUCCCUUCCAGCAGUCGCUGUCACCCCACCGGCCCAGCUCAACAGGAGCAGCCCUCUAGAAGCAAGCAGCCAAGGGAGCAGUGAAGCUGGAGAGAAAGGUGACGAAGACAAGAAAAAGGCGGCAGCGGCGGCAUUGCAGACUGUGCGCCGUCUAACGACAAAUCCACACAAAUGCACCUUGGAGAUUCUCGAGCAGUGGCGAAAUGGUGGUGAAAGCCGCAAGAACAUUGUGCAGCUGUUCUUCCAGAACGGAUGCGAUGUUACCAAGACCACCGUCAGCUUCAUCCUGAAAGACAUCAUGAUGGAGCCUAUUUCUAAGCAAGAGAAGAAGAAGAAGGAGGCAUUGACUGAAGAGCAGGUUUAUGCCCACUACGCCCCGAAUCAAGAGAAAGCGAAGAUGGCGAUCCACUUUGCUGUGCAGGAAGGCCGCAGGUAUCUCAGUUUCAGAGAUGAUCCGAACUUCCGCGUGGGAUCUGGGCACAAGCUCUUCAACAUCUUUACUGAGAUGUCUGAGACGGAGCUUUUUGAGAAGCGCCGAGAGAUCGAGGCGAAUGUCCGCUCGCUGGCUCAGGAUCAACGACCACUUGCGAGACAGCUCUUUCAAGAGAUGCACCCUAGCUGCAAAGCAGAUAUUCGAGAAAUAAUGUGUUUCGAUCUUUGCCACUCUAAGCAACUUGUACCCCCAAGAAUCAAAAUGUAA